AGCGCUUCUACAACCACCACGAGCACCCCUCCAACCACAACUACUGCCGCACCAACCACAAUCUCCUCUCCAACCACCAUGACUACUGCUCCAACCACCACAGUCACUCCAACCACUACCAGGGCUUUUCCAACUACAAGCACUGCUCCAACCACUACAAGCGCUUCUACAACCACCACUGCUGCUUCAACCAGUACCGGUGCUGUUCCAAGUACAACCAGUGCUUCUCCAACUACAACUGCUGCUCCAACCACCACGAGCACCCCUCCAACCACAACUACUGCCGCACCAACCACAAUCAGCGCCACAUCAACUACAAGCACUGCUCCAACCACUACAAGCGCGUCUACAACAACCACUGCUGCUUCAACCGGUACCGGUGCUGUUCCAAGUACAACCAGUGCUUCUCCAACUACAACUGCUGCUCCAACCACCACAGUCGCGCCAACAUCUACCAGUGCUUUUCCAACUACAAGCGUUGCGCCAACCAGCAUGAGCGCCACACAUACUACAAGCACUUCUCCAACAACCACCAGCGCUUCUUCACCCACCAUGAGCACCCCUCCAACCACCACUGCUUCUCCAACCUCUACUGGUGCCGCUCCAACUACAAGUGCUGCUCCAACCACCACCAGCGCUUCUACAACCACCACGAGCACCCCUCCAACCACAACUACUGCUGCACCAACCACAAUCUCCUCUCCAACCACCACGACUACUGCUCAAACCACCACAGUCACUCCAACCACUACCAGUGCUUCUCCAACUACAAGCACUGCUCCAACAACCACAAGUGCUUCUACAACCACUACCGGUGCUGCUUCAACUACAAGCACUGCUCCAACCACCACAGUCACUCCAACCACUACCAGGGCUUUUCCAACUACAAGCACUGCUCCAACCACUACAAGCGCUUCUACAACCACCACUGCUGCUUCAACCAGUACCGGUGCUGUUCCAA